UUAAGACAAACAGUAGCAGAUGGGGAGGAAGUGAAGAGAAGCGACUUUCGGUUCCUCUCGAAACUCCUUUUAUUAUAUACCUGUGGUCCGCACACUGGAAAACGGAAGCUUUGCCAAUCCACGACGUUGUGAGAAGCGUUUGUGCUGCAUGGUGCUUGUCCACAAGUGGACGCUGGAAGAUCUUGCCGCGUCUGACCCAUUCGAGAGUUGAAAGGGGCGGCCACCGUCAAAUACGCUCUCGAACUAAGAUGGAUAUGGUGGAAGAGUUGAAAGAAGCUGAUCAGGGUUUCGCGCCUAUCAACGGCGCUGCUAAUGAAAUGCAGCAAGAAGACAACAUGCAGGGCCAGAUGGAGGAGUUUCUGGGUCCACAGGCGGAAUACAAUGAGGAGGAGGAAGAAAGAAAAUAUUACAGAAGGAAGCGAUUAGGAGUCAUCAAGAAUGUUCUGGCAGCCAGCAUUGGAGCCAUGAUUAUGUACAGCGUGUACAUGGGGUUACUGCAGCUGCAACUUAUCCUUCAUUACGAUAUGACUUAUCGUGAAGUAAAGUACAGCAACCUGGGUUUAGAAGACAUUGAUCGGAAGAUGCUGAGGGGAAUCAACGUCACGCCCAUAGUAGGCCUGCUGUAUACCCCCAUUCUCAUCAGAUUUCUUGGAACCAAGUGGAUGAUGUUUCUGGCCUCAGGAAUCUAUGCAUUUUUUGUCUCGACCAAUUACUGGGAGCGUUACUACACCUUGGUUCCAUCUGCCGUUGCUAUCGGCGUGGCCAUUGUACCACUAUGGGCCUCCCUAGGAAAUUAUAUCACAAGGAUGGCACAACAGUAUUAUGAAUAUGCCAACUAUAAGGAAGAGCAUGUACAGGAGCAGAAGAAGAUUCCAAAAGGAGCAUGCCACAAAUACAUCAUCAUCUUCCAGUCAGUCUUCAGUGUCAUCUUUCAUCUGAGCUUUGUCUUUGCUGAGCUCCCCAUGACUAUCAUCCUCAAAGAAUGCAUUCUUGACAACAAUCACAUUCUCAUCAAUGUCAAAAACUGUGGGGCUGAAAUUAGUGGUGUGGUUCCGGGAUUCAACACCACUGUGCUGAAAUUUCUACCCCAGUCCAUGAAUCUGAUCAUCGGGGAGAGCGUCCUUAUGGGCUUCGCUUUCCUUUCCAUGAUCAUUUUCCUUGUGCUGUGUGGUGCUGCGUACCGCCCAACAGAGGAAAUUGAUCUGCGUAGUAUUGGCUGGGGAAACAUCUUCCAGCUCCCUUUCAAACAUUUGAGGGACUACCGGAUACGCCUUCUCUGCCCUUUCUUCAUCUACAGCGGAUUUGAAGUACUCUUCGCCAUCACUGGACUCACCCUGUCUUAUGGCGUUUGUACUUUGGGUCUCCAAAAAUUGUGGCUAUUGAUUGUGGUCUAUGGACUCUCGUGCUCCGUCUUCUCUAUCCUGUCCCUCUGCCUCCUACGUCUCCCGCGGUGGGUGUGUCUGGCAGGAGGAGCCACUGUGCAUUUGAUGCUGUUAGUGGUACUCAUGGUGUUUUCGCCAACUCCACAAAACUUGGCCUAUGAGGUCCCUCUUCUGGUAAUUACUAUACUCUGGGGACUUGGGACGGCCCUGAACAAGACUGGAGUCAGCACCUUGCUUGGUAUUUUAUAUGCUGAGGAGAAGGAACGUCUGGACUUUGUCUUCACAAUCUAUCACUGGUUACAGGCCAUUGCCAUCUUCGUGGUCUACCUCUGGUCAGAGAUGCCGAUGAGGGCGAAACUUGCCAUCAUGUUAGCAACUUUACUGCUAGCUUGCUACUGCUACUGGCUGAUGGAACGCCGCCUAGCCAAGAACGAGCGUCAUAGGUUGCCCCGCAUACCUCGACCCAAGCACAAGGUCAAAGGUUAUCGCUACCUGGAAGAUGGCAACUCAGAUGAGUCAGACUCGGAGAGAAGCGAGGAGGAUGACGAAAAGGAUGAAGAGGAGAUAGAGGCAGAGGAACAAUUGGCGAAUGAGUCUGAAGCAGAGGACAUGGAGGCCGAACGCCAAGAUCCUGGAGCUCAGGGCGCUGACUCACUCCGAGCCAGGAGGAAGAGGCCAGAGAAUCACCAGCAAAGGGAGGACGACGCCCAUCUGAUGGAAGGCCGGAAGUGAACAAAACUAAAUUAGAAGAAAGAGAGUGAGGAAGACAUAAGAGCAUGUCGGUGUUUCAUCAUUCCUCUAAAUUGUCUGAAGCUUUUCAUUAAGGACAAAUGAAUUUGAUUAUUUUUCAAGCAAUAAUUAGACAGCAGCGAUUAUUCAGAUGGAAGGCUUGUGGAAAUUUGCCAAAUGUGAAAGCUGGAGCUGCCCUGGAGUUGAAGCCUCUUACUGUAAAUAUUCAUUCUGAUCGUGUGGCUUUGACAUUCAAAUCAUAAGUGAUGCCUGAAAUAAUAAUAAACAAAAUGUACUGCUUAAUGCUCAAGGGAUUCAGUAACCAAAGAUAGACACGGUACCACAAUUUGUUUUUAUUUGUGUCCCUAUGUAUUGCAGAAAUUGAGAUGUUUAUUAUGUCUGUUGUUUGCAAUGUUGUAGCUAAUUAAAAGCAUUUGUAGUUUUA